AUAUCCAACGCAAGGAUUACUGUCACAUUAUUAUUGUUGCUUCCGUGAUGAGAUAAACGUGUUGAUGAAUAAAAAAAAACGAAUGAGCAGCUGAUGGCUUGGAGUGGGGUGUCUGAACCGAAGAGAGACUUCAAACCGUGCAAAGCGAUAGGCUUGGCUGCUUUUACCUGCAAAAGAAAAAAAAAAUACGUGUAAACACCGCAGUCAGCAGAUGAGAGAGAGAGAGAGAGAGAGACAGAGACAGACACAGAGAGAGAAAAAGCUGGAGUGAGCUCGAGUCCUGGUGUUGAGUGGCUGCUCCACUUGCCAGUCAGUGCAGUGCAGUGCAGUGCAGGGGGUGGAGAAGAAGCAGAUUUACUGAUCUGAUGUCACUGGGUCACAUGGAUUUUCAUAUGGGCCAUGUUAUCAGGCGGAGUCGGGACUCCACUUGAGCACAGCUGCUGAAGGGGAGAAAGCGAACUUUGGCACCACAGCUGUGCUGCGCUGCGUUGCGUUGUGUGGGACAGACGAGGAUCCAAAUGAUGUAUUUUUUGUGCUCAGCUAUGAAAGCUCAAAUUGAAAUUAUUCCGUGCAAAAUCUGUGGAGAUAAAUCAUCAGGAAUCCAUUAUGGUGUUAUCACAUGUGAAGGCUGCAAGGGGUUCUUUAGGAGAAGCCAGCAGAGCAAUGCAACUUACUCUUGCCCUCGACAAAAGAACUGCCUGAUUGACCGAACGAGCCGAAAUCGCUGCCAGCAUUGUCGACUGCAGAAGUGUCUGGCUGUGGGAAUGUCACGAGAUGCUGUAAAGUUUGGUCGAAUGUCUAAGAAGCAGAGGGACAGUCUCUAUGCAGAAGUACAAAAGCAUCGCAUGCAACAGCAACAGCGGGAACACCAGCAGCAACCCGGCGAGGCAGAACCACUGACACCAACGUACAAUGGUAUCACCAAUGGGCUGACAGAACUGAACAAUGACCUUAGCAAUCUGUACAUGGAUGGGCACACACCGGAUGUGGGCAAAGCAGACUCAGGAAUGAACAACUUCUAUUUGGACAUCCAGCCAUCGCCAGACCAAUCUGGCCUAGAUAUCAAUGGUAUUAAACAGGAACCCAUAUGUGAAUACACGGCUGUGCCAGAUUUCUUUCCUUAUUGCUCCUUUACAAACGGUGAAACAUCUCCGACUGUUUCCAUGGCAGAACUCGAACACCUUGCACAGAAUAUUUCAAAGUCGCACAUCGAAACGUGUCAAUACUUGCGGGAAGAACUACAGCAGAUAACAUGGCAAACCUACGUUCAAGAAGAAAUUGAAAUCUACCAAAAUAAGCCCAGGGAGGUGAUGUGGCAGUUGUGUGCAAUCAAAAUAACAGAAGCAAUUCAGUAUGUGGUUGAGUUUGCCAAGCGCAUUGAUGGAUUCAUGGAACUGUGUCAAAAUGAUCAGAUUGUACUUCUGAAAGCAGGUUCUUUGGAAGUUGUGUUUGUCAGAAUGUGUCGUGCCUUUGACCCACAGAACAGUACUGUGUAUUUUGAUGGAAAGUACGCUGGUCCAGACGUUUUCAAAUCAUUAGGUUGUGAUGACUUGAUCAGCUCCAUUUUUGAAUUUGGUAAAAGCUUGUGUUCGUUGCACCUAGGGGAGGAUGAGAUUGCCUUGUUUUCUGCUUAUGUGCUGAUCUCUGCAGAUCGUCUGUGGCUUCAGGAGAAAGUGAAAGUUGAGAAACUUCAACAGAAAAUCCAGUUGACACUCCAACAUGUUCUGCAAAAAAAUCAUAGAGAGGAUGGGAUCCUGACAAAGUUGUUAUCUAAAGUGUCUACCUUACGAGCGUUAUGUAAUCGACACACUGAAAAGCUGACUUCAUUCAAAGCAAUACACCCAGACAUUGUACGGGCCCAUUUCCCUCCGUUGUAUAAGGAGCUGUUUAGCUCGGAGUUUGAGCAGACGAUGGCGACAGAAGGGUAAACUUUAUCACCAGAGAACUUCAGAAAACUUGAAGUACAGUCAUUGAAUAAAUUGAAGACACUUUACGUGGCUACACUGCAGUGCCCAUGCACAGACCAGGAGAGCAAACACGCUGCACAUUACUUUUUGUUGGGGGGGAGGGCGGGGGGUGAAUUAAUAUUAGCUUCCUAGCGGAAGUUGAACUUGUUUUUCUCAUGCAUAUAAUUUCUAUAGAGCACAAAAGUACGAUGGCAUUAUAAUGCUGAGAAACUAAUUUAGAGCAAACGUAUUACAGGGUAUAUGGACAAAAUACACUGAAUAUAACAUUGAAAAUAACUUUUAGCGAUGGUUGGUAUGUCAUUUUAAUGUUGAUGUACGAAUCUACUUUUUAAGCACCUUUUUUUCAAUUUGUACGUGUUAUGUUCAUGUAUUUAUUAGUUCUCUUAAUGCACGUGCACAAGAAAUACAAGUUUAACAUUUACGUUUAUGGAGGGGAGGUGGGCGUUUUGGAUGCUGCUGUUUCUUUAGGUUAUUUGUCUUGUGUACAGUAGAAUGUCAGCACACUUUGUUUGGUUUACAAACUCACUCCAAGUUGCAUAAGUCUGUGUGGCUGCUUCAAAGCUGUCAUGUGUCAUUGAUUCAGAUAAAGAAUACUAUGGUCAAGCAAAGUGAAGGAAUCAAAUGAUUUAUAAUAUACAAAGCCUUGUCUGGACCACUUUAGAGAGAGAGUUCUAUUUUUAUAACCCUCGUAUAAAUAUUAGGAAGCACUUAAACUAUUCCUGCAAUAAAAAAAUAAAAAUAAA